AUGGCCUCAAGCUGGGCCACACUGUCCCUGCUGCUCCUGGCAGCCUGGAGCGUGGGUCGUGGUGCCGCCUUCAAGUGCUACACCUGUCAGAAUCCCACGGUUAGUGCCUUGUGCAAGAACGUGACUUACUGCAAGCCGGACGCAACAGCUUGCAUGACCACUGUGGUGACUGUGGAGUCGGAAUACCCCUUCAAUGGGAGCCCCGUGGUAACCCGCUCCUGCUCCACCUCCUGUGUGGCCACCGACCCCGACAGCUUCGGAGCUCUCCACCCCAUCUACUGCUGCUUCCACAACCUCUGCAAUGUCGAAGGGUAG